GCAAUCGGUACGUACUGGGCACCCUCUGGCAGUCCCCAGACAGCCCCAGACAGCCACCGCAGAUCUGUCAACUAAAGGGUUAUAUCCAAUACUUACCCCACAUCUGCACUGAAAUCCCACAGGAAUCAGCAGGAGCUCUGCUAGAGCACCUGAAAACGACCGCAGGAGUCCCGUUUGUGUACUUGAUCCCGAGGCGGACUCAGCGUUUCACCAAGGAGGCGAAAGGCUAAUCAAAAAUAGCUGCCACUCGCCGACGGAACGGUUGCAUGGCUUCGGUGUACACAUGAUCCAAACAUCAAGAAAUACAUAUGGCCUCGCCUCCGACUCUCCUGGCAGGGCCCUUUUUUACCUCUUGCACACACUCUCCCAACGUCUCUGCCAACACGGUACACCGUCGCAAGCGUAGUCCGUGCUGGUCAAGGGCCCCUUCAGUCGCUCCCUCUCGUCUACGCUCUCUAAUAUCAGACUUAGUCACCUCCCGACACUACACUCAUUUUUAAGCCUCGGCGUACCCUUGCCGGUUCAUAAUGCAUGCCCUUACUGCGUCGUUCGUUCUCUCCCUCAUGGGCUCUGCACUCGCCGCAACCGCGGCCGAAUGGAGAGGCCGGUCUAUAUACCAAAUAAUCACGGACCGUUACGCUCUCCCCUCCGGGGCAAAUACUAAUGCGUGUGAUCCUGGCCAGCAGACCUGGUGCGGAGGGACGUGGAACACCAUCCGUGAAAACCUGGACUACAUCCAAGAUGCCGGGUUCACCGCCAUCUGGAUCAGUCCCGUCUCCCAAAACUACGAAGGCCCGCGCACUGCGUACGGCGAUCCCUACCACGGCUACUGGGUCGCAGAUGCAACCAAGCUGAACAGUCGUUAUGGCACUUCUGACGAUCUGAAGGCGCUCUCUGAUGAACUGCACCGCCGUAACAUGUUUCUGAUGGUCGACGUUGUUGCGAAUAACGUGAUGGCAACAUCGACGACGCCUGAUUUGUCCACGUAUAUGUUCAAGGAUCAGUCUCAAUAUCACCCGUAUUGUCCCGUGGAUUGGAACAACAUCACGAGCAUUCAAGAAUGUUGGCUUGGCGACACCAAGGUCGCGCUGCCUGACGUG